UCAAACAAACUUAACUCGUGCCUCAUCUCUCUCUCUCCAGCAGUUGUCCAAUAACCUAGAAUCCCACCAUAGAGAGAGAAACAUCACAUCCCACCAACUCACCCAAACGAUGAAGGCGUCGUUCAAAGCUAGAUACGAGCCCGAAAAAGCCGCCGCCGCCGCCACCGUUUCCGUCAACGCCGGCGACUUCAAGCUCCGCGCCUCCCUCACCGAUGCCACCGUCGUCAACGGCCCCAGCUUGAACGGCCUAGCUAUCGCUGUCGAGAAGCCUGGCUUCUUCAUCGUCGACUACAACGUCCCCAAAAAAGAUGUUAUGUUUCAGUUCAUGAAUAGUGUUAGGGUGGCAGAGAAGCCGUUGAAUUUGACUUACAUUCACAGCAAAGGCGACGGGCGGACAAUUUUGAAUGGGGCUUUGGUUAUUGAUUCCGGCAAUAAGGUUUCGGCAAAUUAUGUGCUCGGCACUGGAAAAACCAAGUUGAAGUAUACUUAUGUUCAUGGAGGGCUGACCACUUUCGAGCCGAGCUAUGAUUUGGGGAAGAAUGCUUGGGAUUUUGCUGUUACUCGGAAAGUUUAUGGCGAUGAUGUAUUGAGGGCUACUUAUCAAACAUCCGCUAAGAAUUUUGGGCUUGAGUGGAGCCGGAGUUCGAAGCAGAAUGGAUCCUUUAAGAUCAUAGCAUCCGUCAAUUUGGCAGAGGAACGAAAAAUACCAAAAUUAUGUGCUGAAACAACCUGGGACUUUGAGAUGUGAUCUCCUUUACUUGUGGUGCAGGGGAGCAAGAUAUGAUGUAUUUUUUACCCUUCAUUUUUACAGUGUUCAAUUUCAUUUUGCAGUGAGCAGGUUGACAAACUGCAGCGAACUUUUAGCCACUGUAAUAAUAAUUUCAGUUGAUCAAUUCAUACUCUGAAUUUCAGCUUA